GAAAUCCGAGGAAGGAGCUGGCGAAUAGGAGGCUGGCUUCAGCCAGCAUGUUUCUAUUUUUUCCCCUCGCCCUUUACUCGGGAAGUACUCUCUCCCCCUCUCACGGAGAAAUAAUGAAAUAAUAAAGAGGGCUGUGGGCGUAUAAGGCAGCGGUAGAGCUCCUCCGCUGCGAAGGUAAAUACCCCCUCUGUAGCCGCUGUGGUGGCGGAGUGAGAGAGCAGGGCGCUGCGUUCUGAGCGGAGGCUGGUCGUGCUUGGUGAGCUGGUUCGGGACAUGGCAGUGCGCUUACCUCCCUGCGUGAUAGACUGCGGGACGGGAUACACAAAGAUUGGCUAUGCAGGAAAUACAGAGCCGCAGUUCAUCAUGCCAUCCUGCAUAGCAAUCAGAGAGACAGCAGGGGUAGGAGACCAGGCCCAGAGACGCCUCAUGAAGGGGGUGGAUGACUUGGAUUUCUUCAUUGGAGAUGAAGCCAUUGACAAGCCUAACUAUGCAACCAAGUGGCCCAUCAGGCACGGUAUAAUCGAAGACUGGGAUCUGAUGGAGAAGUUCAUGGAGCAGGUGAUAUUUAAAUACCUGCGAGCGGAGCCUGAGGACCACCACUUUCUCAUGACAGAGCCUCCACUCAACACCCCGGAGAACAGAGAAUAUUUAGCUGAGAUAAUGUUCGAAACGUUCAAUAUUCCAGGCCUCUACAUCGCCGUCCAGGCUGUUCUGGCACUGGCCGCUUCCUGGACAUCCAGACAAGUCGGAGAGAGAACGCUAACAGGAAUCGUCAUUGACAGUGGAGAUGGAGUCACUCAUGCCAUACCAGUGGCAGAGGGGUAUGUAAUUGGGAGCUGUAUAAAACACAUCCCUAUAGCGGGCCGAGACAUCACCUACUUCAUUCAGCAGCUCCUCAGGGAGAGAGAGGUCGGGAUUCCUCCUGAACAAUCGCUGGAGACGGCAAAGGCAGUCAAGGAGCGGUACUGCUACAUCUGCCCAGACAUUGUGAAGGAGUUCACUAAGUAUGACAUGGACCCAGGAAAAUGGAUAAAGAAGUACAAAGGCAUCAACGCCAUAAGCAAAAACGAGUUUCACAUAGACGUUGGAUAUGAACGCUUUCUCGGGCCGGAGAUAUUCUUCCACCCUGAAUUUGCCAACCCUGACUUCAUGCAGCCCAUUUCGGACGUUGUGGAUGAGGUCAUUCAGAAUUGUCCAAUAGAUGUGAGGAGACCUCUUUACAAGAACAUUGUGCUGUCUGGAGGAUCCACCAUGUUCAGAGACUUCGGCCGGCGGCUGCAGAGGGAUCUGAAGCGCGUGGUUGAUGCCAGACUCAGACUGAGUGAGGAGCUCAGCGGAGGCAGAAUAAAGCCAAAACCAAUGGAGGUGCAGGUGAUCACUCAUCAUAUGCAGAGAUAUGCUGUCUGGUUUGGAGGAUCCAUGCUGGCUUCCACGCCCGAGUUCUUCCAAGUCUGCCACUCUAAGAAAGACUACGAGGAGCAUGGCCCCAGCAUCUGUCGCCAUAACCCGGUGUUUGGUAUCAUGUCCUAACGCUGGAGCUCCUGUAGAAGCAGGCCUGGAUUCAGUCAGCUCGUCUUACCUCCUGCACUGUGCUUCAGUUGCCACUCCACCUCUACAAAAGAUUCAAGCUUAAAACCUACAACAACAACAGCAACAACAGAAUGAACAGAGCUUUUGUGUUUAUCACUGAAAAUGUCAACCAACCCGGCGGGGUUACCUGCACUGAGGGGGCAGAUUCAGCCUAGAGUCCAUUCAAAAUGUUCAAAAUUACAAACGCAGCUUUAAAGUCCAAACAAUAAAAAAAAAAAAACCAAAACAACAACAUAUGCAUAAAGAGGGACGUCCUCAGGUGAAGCCAUACACUGAUGACUGUUUUCUUUGCUGUUUUUUUUUGCGUUUGGUUUGAAGUUUAAGGAUUGUUUUUCUGAGCAGUCCACACUGAACGAUUGAGCUGAAUGUGAUGAUGGUGUACAUACGAAGAGAUAACUCUAUAUUAUACGACAGUCAUAAAGAAUAGUUUAUAUUUCUAACAGAGAUCAUAGUUUAUGAGAAGGGGGGACGACCUGAAUAUUCAUGACGUAACACAUGGAUUUGAAGUUAUAAUAAUAAUAAUAGUAUUAUAUUCUUACUAGAAAAAAAAGAAGGAUUGAGUAAACUUUUAUUUAAAUGGAUAUUUAUUCAAUUAUUUUUGUCCAUUUUCUGUCUGAGGACAUAUUAUAGUCUAACUUAUUGAAGCCAGAUAGCCUGUUUUCCCUUAAAUGUGCAUUAUUUAUGCAUUUUAGUUCAACACUGGCAAAUAUAGAAGCAACGAGGUUUCGACUUCAAGAGCUUAGAGUGAAGAGAACCUGCUGUUUGAAGAUAAUGUGAAUAAAACACUUUUCACCUUCA